GCAUGGGCUAUGUUUAAUUGGAUAUUUUACACAUGGCGAUCACUGAUCGGCUGAGAACAUUCCGCGCGGCAAUGGCUGAUUUGCCAUUCACAAGUAUACGUUUUCUCCUCCGGAUGAACACGCGAUGUUUUGAGAGUGGGAUAUACGCGCCCAGGAAAUGCAGAAGGUAAGGUGACGGUACAAGGAAAACAGGAUAAGAAAAUCGACGACGACGAACACGAUACCUUUCAUUUCUAUCAGCAGCUGCGGAGAAGUGUCGGAAGAUUCUCAUUACUUCUCGGUGCAGCGAAGCGUGUUUGGCCGACGGCGGGAUGGACGCUAAUCCAUUCUACUACUAGUCGUCGCCAAUGGCAACGCUGCCACGUGCCCCUUCGGUCUUAGCUCGUACGCCUUCAAUUUCCAGCAUUCGUCAGCGUCAUAAAUAUUGCCCCGUGAGCGUCGAAUCGUCAUCUGUCGUGGCCGUUAUACGUCCAGAAGCUUCCACCUUCCCUUAUCAGGCGACGUCUUCUUCCUCAUUCAGAAAGGGUUUUCGAAGAGUUUCGGCAAUUUCAGCGGCAAUGGCGGAUUUACCUCGAAGCACGGUUCUUGUCACCGGUGCUGGUGGUAGAACCGGUCAGAUAGUUUAUAAGAAAUUGAAGGAGAGGUCAGAUCAGUGUGUUGGAAGAGGUUUGGUGAGAACAGAGGAAAGCAGGGAGAAAAUUGGUGGGGCAGAAGAUGUUUUUGUUGGGGACAUUCGGGAUGCCAACAGCAUUAUUUCUGCCAUCCAGGGUAUUGAUGCUCUCAUAAUUCUCACAAGUGCUGUGCCGAAGAUGAAACCUGGGUUUGAUCCAAGUAGAGGAGGAAGGCCUGAGUUCUACUUUGAAGAUGGAGCAUAUCCUGAGCAGGUUGAUUGGAUUGGACAAAAGAAUCAAAUAGAUGCUGCUAAAGCUGCCGGAGUGAAACAAAUUGUGCUGGUCGGGUCAAUGGGUGGAACAAACCUUAACCAUCCCUUGAAUAGCUUGGGAAAUGGGAAUAUUUUGGUCUGGAAGAGAAAGGCUGAACAGUAUCUGUCUGAGUGUGGAGUGCCAUACACAAUUAUAAGGGCUGGAGGCUUGCAAGAUAAAGAGGGUGGAAUUCGUGAACUACUUGUUGGCAAGGAUGAUGAGCUUCUUCAGACAGAAAUGAGGACAAUUGCUAGGGCUGAUGUCGCGGAAGUUUGCAUUCAGGCACUGCAGUUUGAGGAGGCCAAGUUCAAAGCAUUUGAUCUGGCAUCAAAGCCUGAGGGAAGUGGAACCCCAACUAAGGAUUUCAAGGCUCUCUUUUCCCAAACCACUGCUCGUUUCUGAUUUCAAGAUUGGAAUUUGCAUGCAUCUUGAUCGAGGUAAGGUGGUGGGGAGCAAUAUAAAUCUAAAAUAGCUGUAUCUGGCUAAUAUAUAUGUAGAUUAGUUCCUGCUGGUCUCUAGUAACUCUGAAAGUCUUAUCGAUUAAGAGUUAGCAAUCCAGGCAAUCCUUGAAUCACCAUGGCUUUAAAGGAAAAUGAGUACACAAGUUUACCUUUGUUUAUUAGCAGCGGAUGCUUAAAAAUGCAAUAUGACCUCAUUGUUCAAACUUGAAUUUGAGUUUAAAAUAUAUAAUGGUUAUAUCAUAAAUUCAUGA